GCUAAUUGGCACCCUCUUGGCCUACGUCAUUGUCACCUAUGCAACGCUAAUCAUCCGAUACGUCGACCUUUACUCAGCACCUCUCUACACGCCCAUACCUGUCAAGUUCCAGACAUCUGUUUCAGAGAGUUCCAAUCAUCAUGAUUCCUACUUGACUUGCUUGCCUGGUAUUAAAAGAAAAACUUCCGACACAGAUCUGCAGGGGAACCAAACCACUGACGGUUCUUGUCUCAGCUUCAGUAGACAGUCGUCACAUUCUGAGAGUUCCAGCAAGGAGGUGGGUGGGGUUAUAAACCCUGCGUACCAACCCGAGGGAGCCUCUGCUUGUUCCAGAAGGGACUCCUCCAGCUCUCUGUUUAAAAGACAUGAAGACGAUCACAACGACAGCGGUCACUUUUUGAAAAACAGUGAAGAGAAAUCUUCUUUAUUGGAAGUUUACACACAGUUUCCCAAACACGAUAAAAAAUAUAUGCACCAAGCAACCACAGUGUUCAAAAUGUACAAGGUUGACGCUAUAUGUUAGCCAGCAUAUCUACGUCUUUCUGUUUGCAUUGUAUGCAAGUAUAUUUAUGUGCUGUGGAAUUGUGGCUAACCUGUACCAGUUUAUAUUGGACAAGAAUAUACUUGUGAUUUGUAUACUUUGUUUGUUGGUGGUUACCAUGACAACCCUUGCUGUUAUUUUAAUGCUUCUUCCACACUCAAAAAUAAAACAUGAAGGCUUUAGAGCUCCAUUUGUUCCUCUGAUCACUGUUUUCACUGCCAGCAUUAAUCUCUAUUUGAUGACAUCACUACACUGGAUCACAUGGCUUCUAUUUUUAGUCUGGAUGGCAAUAGGUUUGGUCCUGUACUUUCUGUAUGGGAUCAAGAACAGCAGCCUCAUUGUGAAGAGGGAAGAGGACUGGGAGGAUCCUGAGGGGGAGGCGGAUAGUGCGGACACUGUUAUACCAGUUUCAACCAAUGAUGUCACUCAACCCCUACUUCAGCAGAAUCUCUUCUCUAGUAACAACUUGACUACAAUGGUUUCUGUAACAGAAUCUUUACUUCCUUAUACAUACUGCUUAAGUUAA